AUGCAAUCACCUAACGAUACCGGGAGUAAGAAUAAGAAAUAUAGCAAACGCCUGAGAUCUUCUCCUCAAGAAAUGCCUUCCACCGAGACAAAUACCUCGAAUGCCCUCGACGAUUGCCUUAUAUUUCCAGUUGAGGAAAUCGUGCAGUACCCACUACCGGGCUACGGUAUACCCUCUGCUAUAAGUUUCAGCCCAGAUGAUAGCUUAGUUGCGUAUUUGUUCAGUCCCGACCAGACUUUGAGUAGAAAACUGUUUUUAUUUGAUACAAAAAGUGGGAAUCAUGAAUUGUUUUUUAGCCCACCUGAUGGUGGUGGUCUUGACGAGGAUAAUUUGUCGGCCGAGGAGAAAUUGAGGAGGGAGAGGCUGAGGGAGCGUGGCCUAGGCGUGACCCGGUAUGAAUGGGUCAAGUCGAGCUCCAAGAGAAAACGGGUUAUGGUGCCUCUUCCAACUGGGAUUUAUACGCAGGAUAUUGGGGACAAACCACAGCUUAGGCUUCCAUGUGAGUCUGACUCGCCAAUUAUAGACCCGCACGUGUCCCCGGAUGGGACCAUGCUUGGUUACGUGAGGGAUAACGAGCUUCACGUGUUAAAUUUUCUCUACAACACGUCCAAGCAGUUGACUGAGGGUGCCAACCAGACCACCAUAACACACGGCCUAGCAGAGUUCAUAGCACAGGAAGAAAUGGACCGUAAAAAUGGCUACUGGUGGUCCCUCGACAGUAAAUACAUUGCAUUUACCGAGGUAGACUCCUCGAACUUGCCCUUUUACCGAAUCAUGCACCAGGGAAAGAGCUCGGUUGGCGCAGAUGCCGAGGAAGACCACGCGUACCCUUUUGCCGGCUGUCUUAACGUAAAAGUCCGUCUUGGCGUGGUCCCAUCCUCCGGUGGGCCUGUCUCGUGGAUGGAUCUCGUCUGCGGAGGCGAAGACAGCUCGGACGAGGAAUAUCUGGCCCGAGUCAACUGGAUGCAUAGCAAUAUUCUUACAGCCCAAGUCCUGAACCGAACACAUUCCAUCCUUAAAAUCAUCAAAUUCGACAUCAAGACCGGUCAACGAACGGUCAUCCUGGAGGAAGAAAACGAGAUAUGGGUCAAUCUGCAUGACUGCUUCACACCGCUCGAUAAGUUGCCUAACAGGCCCUCCUCGAGCGGUGGAUUCAUUUGGGCGAGCGAGAAAACGGGCUUCAGACACUUGUACUUGCACGAUAUAGACGGGUCUUGCGUGGGGCCCAUCACUCGAGGCGAGUGGAUGGUCGAGCAGGUCGCGGGAGUGAACGAAGCCUCUGGUCUCGUUUAUUUCGUCGGGACUUUGGAUUCGCCUCUUGAAUCUCACCUUUACUGUGCCGAUUUAUUUCCGGCGGGACCUUCCUUGCGGGCCCCCGUGAGAUUGACGAUCGGGAAGGGUAAGCACGCGGUCGUUCUCGAUCACCAGCUGAGGAGGUUUGUCGAUGUCUACGACUGCUUGGAAUCGCCUCCGAAGAUUACGGUCCGCUCGUUGCUCGACGGGGGCUCGAUCGUGUCGCUCUACGAGCAGCCGGCUGAUAUCGGGAGGUUCCGGAAGCUUCCGCUUGAGCCGCCUGAGAUCGUUCAGUUUGAGGCGGCAGACGGGACGACGACUCUGUAUGGUGCUCUGUACAAGCCCGAUGCAUCGAGGUUUGGGCCCCCGCCUUAUAAAACGAUGGUUCAUGUGUAUGGUGGGCCCAGCGUGCAGCUCGUGUGCGAUUCUUGGGUGAACACGGUCGAUAUGAGGGCCCAGUACUUGCGUAGCAAGGGCAUAUUAGUCUGGAAGAUGGAUAAUCGAGGAACCGCUAGGCGGGGGCUCGAGUUUGCCGGAGCCCUCAAAUUCAAAUGCGGCCACGUGGAUGCUGACGACCAGCUGGCAGGUGCCGAGUGGCUCGUCAGCCGCGGCCUAUCCAUGCCGGCCCACAUUGGGAUCUACGGUUGGAGCUACGGAGGAUACCUCUCGGCCAUGGCUCUCGCGCGUUUCCCGAGUGUUUUCCGAUGCGCAGUCUCGGGUGCUCCGGUUACCUCGUGGGACGGUUACGACUCGUUCUACACCGAGAAGUACAUGGGCCUGCCCCUAGAGAAUCGGCCCGCUUACGAGCGUAGCUCGGUUAUGCACCAUGUGGGGAAUUUGGAGGGAAAGCUUCUGCUCGUGCAUGGGAUGAUUGAUGAGAACGUGCACUUCAGGCACACUGCGAGGCUUGUGAACGCGCUGGUGAGUGCCGGAAAAUUUUACGAGCUGCUGAUAUUUCCGGACGAGAGGCAUAUGCCACGUAGGCAGAGGGACCGGGUGUACAUGGAGGAGAGGAUAUGGGAUUUUAUCGACCGGUGUUUGUAA